UUUGCUUUGGUUUCAAACCGCGUGUACCUAUCUACUUAUUUUACCUAGGUAUAUUCUUUUGUAUCUUGUGUUUAUUUUACCUUAAUUGGUUUGUAAUUGAUGUAUGUUUGUCAAAGAGCUGUCCUUAAUUUUGUUAGACCAUAAAAGGAUACUUAUGCCAUGGCUGCUACUUCUUUAGCAGAGCAGCUACAACGGCUAGCUGUCCCGCAGUCGACUAUUUACAAGGAUGAUAAAAAAAGAGCAUCUCUACUGUUCGACCCAAAGGAGGCAGCCUUAAAAGACCGCGACACUUUUUAUGAGAUCGGAAAAAGUGGACUUCAAGAGCUGAUAGCUUUAUAUGAAGGAUUUCGUUUCUAUGAAGAUACACUAUUCAGUCAGUUAUCAAAGGAUUUCGAAAGAGCUAUUGAGACAAAAGAGGUAAAUCAAAACUUGGACCAAACUAUUGAAAAGUUUCUACUGGAGUUAUCACCUUUCUUUUUACUACAAUCCGCUCACAAGGCCUUAGAAUGGCUGGUCAACAGAUAUCAAAUACACCAGUACAAUCAAGACGCGAUCAUGGCAUUGAUAUUGCCGUACCAUAGUUCAAAAAUAUUUAUAAGAUUUGUUCAAAUAAUGGACAUCAAAUCUAACAAGUGGAGCUGGUUAAUGCCCAUACAAAAGGAAGGUGUACCACUUGCAAAUCAAGUGUGGUACAACCAAUGCGUCUCAAAUAUAACAUCUUUGAAAUUUGUGGCUGAUGCUACAGUUAAAUAUGUCAAUGAGUUUGGAGAGAGAGCAUCUCAGUUGAACACAGUAUUCACAUUCUUCUGUCAAACUUCAAUCGGAGUAAUCAAUGCCCAUAAGCAAAUAUCUGAGCCGUUACUUACGGCUUUAUUUCCAACGGUUAUGAAAGCAAUUGUUUCACCAAUUGUUGAUUUCCGAGCCUCAGCUUAUAUGAUCCUUGGAUUCUUAUUCACGAAAGCAUCAAUCAAAAGAGAGACACUUGAUGAAAUAAUCGCAAAAUUAUUAUCUACGGAGUUUACUAUUACUUAUGACAUAGUUAUGUUAAUCACUAUGAUGUAUGCACACCAAACGCACAUGAAGAAGUUGUCACGUGCAAUACUCUUUGAUAUUUCUGUUGAUGUAAUGAGUGAAUUGUGUGGCCACUUGAAGAAAUCUGUAGAAAACAAGCAGAAUAUUUUGCCAUUCACUCUUGCUUUUCUUUCAAGUGUACUUUCAGCUGUUCAAAAUGAUAAUGAAGAUUUUAGAAGACUUAGUGAACUGCCUAUAAUUUUUAUAGAGGAAGUUGAUUUGAGGAAUCAGCAUCCAGAAAAAGUAAUUAGGUGUGUCCUGAAUGCUUAUAGACAAAACAGCAAGAAAGCUAAAUCUGACGAUGAAAGCGAUUUAGAGAUUAUAGAAGAAGACACAUCCUUUUCCAUGAAAAUACUUGAAUGGUACUCCCUUCUCCUCAAAAAUUUAGAAACCAAAUAUCCUGAAGCUUUUGAUAAAGUUAUUAAAGAAAUUUUAAGUUCUGAUAGCAAGGUACCCUUAAGUAAGCGUAAAAGUUUAUCUCAAGUCCUGGGAUUCAAACCUGCUGUUGCACACAAAAUUGGCGACAAUUAUCUCUUUGAACAUCUAAAUCACAUCAACCCAAACAUAAGAAUCGAAGCAGUUAAAUAUAUAGGCAUAUCUUUUAUAUCACUCAAAAAAGAGAAUGCUGAAUUUGUCAAAGAUUCUAUUGUUAACAGGCUGAAUGAUGAUAAUCCAGCAGUUGUUGAUGCUAUAUUAGAUCUUCCCAAUGAAUAUUUAGAAGAAGUUUUGACUGAAAGAGAAUUGGCUAAUGCUUUUGUUAAUAUUGUUGUCUCUAAAACUUCAAAAGAUUGGGUUUUAGUUGUUAUGAAGUUGAUGUUGAAAUUCUGUUCUUUGCCUAUGCUGCCUGUUAAUCAAGAUACGGUGUUAACUGUCUUACCUCACCUGUUUCCUCAUGAUGAGGUAACAGCUGAAAUAACAUGGCAAAUUGUUAACUCACCUUGGGGUAAAAAAUUUGACUUGACAAAGAAUUUAAAAGGAUUGAAUGAAUCACAUAGAGAUAAUGCUGACGUAUUAAAACAUUUGGUUUACAAAGCCCUUUUCGAUGAAGCUAAUAAUUUUGAUAAUAUACUUGAUGAUAUUCAAUUGAACAAAUCCAACACACUUGAUGUUUAUAUGUUUUUAUUGUUAAAGACAUGUUCAUUGAAAUGGGCUACAGCUGAAGAAAUAAUUAAGAUACUGAGCAUACUUCUAGAAUCUGUUGAAAACAGAGCAAUAAUAGCAAGCACUGAAGACAAAAGCUUUUCAGUGAAGAAUGUAACAGAAUUUAUAGAUUUUGGGAAACAUGAUAAAGUUCUAUUCGAAGUGGUUGAGUAUAUAUUUACAAAAAUUAUAGAAGACAUGACAGUCCAGGGAAUUACGAAACCUUGGUGCGAUAUUUGUGCAAUACCAGGCACUAUACUUGUUAGGAGGUUGUAUGAAAUUUUUAUAACUGGCUGCGGUAUUCCUACUUAUGAUAAGAAAUAUGUGAACCUCUUAAAGUCACUUUUGUCAAAAUUCUGUGACAACAGUAAGGAGAAGUUUGAAUUUCUAGCUAAUUUUGCAUGUGGACACAUUUUAUAUGCCAAAGAUCCGAAAGAUGUAAUUGGUCCUCAAUUACAGUUAAAAACAAUCAAAUUGUUGUACAAUUUCUGUGGUGCUCAAGUAGAUGAGACAUGGCUAUAUGAAUCAGAUUCACUUAUAUUGAUGAUAUUGUUCAAUCUGAACAACCCAAUGGCACCAAUCAGGGAGGCAGUGUUUGAUAUUAUGAAUUAUAUUUUGAGAGAUGAACCGGAAAAUGAAACUGUUUAUUUAAAGCUAGUAAAAGAGCUAAUGUCUCAUAAGGAAGAGUUAUUAUUAGAUCACGAACAAAUUAUACAGGUUCUACAAACAGUACUCACACAACAAACCCCAGUGAAAAAAAUAUUUAGAAAGAAUUGUCUCAUAAAAUUCACAAAUAUAUUGACUGGGGAUUCUCCUGCUCAUAUUAAGUCCAAUUUUCUUAAAUUACUUUCAAAAUUGGAUAAUGCUAACGUCUUCCCACAUAUAGUACCGUGUUUGGAUGGUUUAGAAAAAGUGAAGACACGAACAUCAAUUGAUAUAAGUAAAUUUAAGUACAACAUUUAUGAAUCAAGUGUAUUGCGAAGUAUAUACAGCCACAUUAAUGAAUCUACCGUUAGUACAUUUUCGAAAGAUGAAAUUUGGAACUAUAUUUCUGCUGGUCUGAAAGAUUAUGGCGAAAGUAUUUUGGAAGAGAAUCAUCAAACAUACACCAGUUCGUGUGUUUUAAUUAUGAAACGAAUCACCGAAGAUGUUUUCAAAAAAGUCCCCGAUAAAAGAACCAAGGAAUUGAUUUAUUUAAUGACAUCAGCAGGAGCUUUCAGUUCUAAUCCAAGCAUAUCCAGUGUGGCUGCUAAAGCUAUGAAGAACAUUCAUCUUAAAUUUGUUGAUUUUAAGCCUAUUCUUGAAGGAAUGCUUAAGGUUGAAGAUCCAGCUGACAAAACAUCAAAAAAGAAGUCAGUUCUAACUAUGCUGUCAUAUCAAGUGACAGAAACCAAAGAAUGGAAAUUAGGUGUUACUCUACUAGAAUAUGUGCAGAGUAAAAAGAAAAUGACUGUCGAUAAUUCUUUUGUCCAAAUCUUGUUCCAAAUAUUUAACAAAUGCUUAAAUUUUGAAGAGCAAUCAUAUGUUGAGUACACGAAACAGCUUCUAUUGUCGUCUGUGUGGUAUUACUGCCGGAAAUUUGUUGACGACAAUAACAAAGAACAAGUGAAGAAGUUGAAAUCUUUGUUCAACGUGGAAUUGAUUGUGAAAUGUAUUAGGGGCACCCAAAAUCCGCAAACGCAUCAUCACGCAUUGAUAUUACUGUCCCAUGCGUCGUACAUGUUACCCGAGGCUGUGCUACAUCAUAUGAUGGAGAUAUUCACAUUCAUGGGCUCAUCAGUGUUGAGACACGACGACGCUUACAGUUUCCAGAUAAUAGUCAAAAUCAUAGAAACCCUAAUACCGAUUUUGGUGAAACUUGAUAAAAGUAUAGAUGAGUAUACUGACCGUGAACUGCAACAGUUGCAAACUCGAGUGGUGCCCGUUUUGAGGAUAUUUGCCGAUGUUGUUUUGCAUGUCCCUGAGCAUAGAAGGCUUCCUCUAUACAAGAAAUUGAUUGAAACCCUGGGACCUAAUCAUUUCCUAUGGAUUUUCCUAGGCCUGUUGCUGGAGACGCAUAUAGCCCACAUGGAUGAUAAUAAAAAGCAUGAGAAGUCUAAAAACAGAAACCUUGCUGAUCGAGAAGCUCCAAUGAACCGACUCGAUUUUGGCCAGAACAUUUUACUCGAGUUUUCUCCGGAAGUGUGCUUGUACAACUUUAACAAAUUGUUGGUGUAUUUGAAAUCACUACCACUACAGAAAGACGAAAAUUCAAUGGACACAGAUAUUGAUCAAAGCGACAUUUUUAGUGUAAACGGACACACUGCUUUACAGUUAAGAUUGUACAAAUAUGUCAUAAUAACAUUUAUGAAUUCAUUCUUAGCUUCCUCCAGAUUCAUAGAACAUACAAAUCACGCGACUGAUGAUAAGCUUAUGGAGUCACAUUACAGAGGUCUCAUCGUAAACAUUUUGACAUUCAUUCAGAGUAUUUCCAAACUCGGGGACGAAAAGACAGCGAAGUACUGGAGAGUAAUGUUACACCACAGUUACGACCUCUUGGAUCACACGAACAAUCUUUUAUCAGCUCCAAUGUUCCUUUCAGUAAUAAGAGGAUUACUGAAGCAUAAUUUGCAGACUGUCCGUAGGAAGUCUAUGGAACUACUGAACUCAAAGAUACAGUUUAGCCCCGAAAUGUUUGCACACGUCGACAAACAGCUAAUGUAUUCGUUGUUGCCUGUUCUAAUGGAUAUAAUCAAAACCAUACAAUGCAAAGACGAGACUCUUAUUGACGUCAGCGAUCAAGAACUGGAGCUCAAUCAACAGACAGCUCUUUUGUCUCUGAAAUUGAUGACAAGGUUUUUGGCAUCUAAAAAUCCAGAACCAUUUAAACCCGUUUUGGAAAUCGUCACUGAUUACACUUGCAAUCCUAACAUAUCUCCUAACGUAAUGGCGUCUAUAGUGCUUUGUUUAGCAGAAUUGUGUGGCAAUUUGAAAGCGCACGCUUUGGCCAGCAUGCGUAAAUUUAUGCCUGCGCUUAUUAAAGUGUUAAAGAAGCAACGUAAAGCGGAAACUCCAGAACUAGUUCUUCUUAGUACAGUGACAGCAAUAACGAAGAUCGUCGAAAGCCUCCCACUUUUCCUCAGUCCAUAUUUGCAAAAGAUUUUAUAUGAAUACGCGAUUUUGCUAGCUAAAUGGCAGACGCAAGACCAGGAGUGCAGCAAAGUGUCAGGUUUAUUGGCGAAAUUGACUACAAUAAAGAAGAGAAUCGCUGCGUCUAUUCCUCCAAGAGUUUUGAUUCCAGUUGCAAAUGAGACGCACAGACUUUUGUUAGAGAAGGAAAACUAUGAAGCGAUUGGGCCAGUCAUGUCAGUUUUAGCUGACAGUUUCGCUAAUGUGACGACAGCUGACUUUACAGCGCUGCAGCAAGAUUUGACCGCUUUCUUUUUAUCAGCGUUACAAUUACGCAGCGAUGCGGUUGAUAAAACCGUAGACGAUGACGUCAUAGAUAAAGCUGAGGACGAAGUGGUGAAUGCGUUGGUGCGGCUCGUUUUGAAACUGUCCGAGACUAGCUUCCGGCCGUUCUAUUUUAAGAUCUAUGACUGGGCCAUAAGGACUAAUGUUGAAGCGAAGAAAGAUCGAGCUAUUACUUUUUACAGGUUGAGUUGCGCAAUCGCCGACCAACUGAAAGGCUUGUUCGUAUUAUUCGCCGGCCAUUUCAUAAAAAACGCUUCGGAACUACUCGAUUCGUGCAACAAUAGCAAAACUGAAGAUCUAUACUUCGAUUCUGACAAAAAAUGCAUAGUUUUGGUCAAAUACAUCAUCAAAACUUUGCACACAGUGUUUUUGUAUGACAGUCAGAAUUUCCUGAACAAAGAAAGAUUUGAAACCUUGAUGCAGCCUGUGGUUGACCAGUUGGAGAAUACCGUUGGAGGAGUUUUGAGCCUUAAGACCAGGGCAGCAGAGUAUUUAAUCCCUUGCAUAUCGCAGUUCGCAGUGGCCACUGGUGAUGACUCACUGUGGAAGCUGUUGAAUUACCAAGUUCUGUUGAAGACCAGGCAUAAUGACGCGGAGAUAAGACUAACAGCGCUAGACUGUCUCGUCUCCAUGGCAACCCAGCUAGGCAGCAGCUGGUUGCCGCUGCUAGCAGAGAGCGUGCCAUUCUUAGCUGAGCUCCUCGAAGAUGGAGACGCCAGGAUCGAGGCUGCGACCAAGGACGCUGUCAGAACCCUAGAGGUGGUCCUCGGAGAACCACUCGAGAAAUACUUUUAAAUAUAUAACCUGGCAUUAC